AUAUAUAGUUUUAUAUUGAUUUUGUAAGCUAUUUAAAAAUAUUAUAUGCUGGUAAAUCUUUACAAAAACUUAUAAUAUAUAUGUUUGUACAUGACGGUAUUUACACAAAAGUUAAUUUUCUUUUAAAAAUAUCACUACAUCAUUUUCCUGAGACGGAAAAGUGUAAAGUCAUAUUUUUGCGACACGACGUAGAUUUGUAAGUCGAAAGCAACAACUACACACGUUGUGACAAAUAGGCUUGAGUCAAUCCUCGAGCAAUACAGAUCUGAUGCGCGUGCGCGUUGUCAAGCAAGUAGCCACACACGUGUUGUGCUGUCUUGUGCCUCUAAAAUAUAAAGCUAUAGCUUUUCCGAAAACAAAAGUCCUGCAGAAUUUAGACCUCCAAGGCUGAACUGAACAUUGAAGUUGACAACCACUUGUCCCUAAUGAGUUUUGUGGAAUACUCGGAGUUCGUCCAGGAAGGGGAUGUUGUCAUCAUCUUCAUGGGUCAUGAUUCAAUGAUGCCGGUGAAAGUUCAGUCUGGGGCUCAGACGCAGACCCGCUUUGGGGUCAUCCGGCAUUCCACUGACCUGAUUGGGCAACGAUUCGGUUCCAAAGUGACUUGUAGUAAGGGUGGUUGGGUUUACGUGCUGCACCCUACGCCAGAGCUCUGGACUGUAAACCUGCCCCACCGAACACAGAUCCUCUACACUACAGACAUUGCCAAUAUAACACUGAUGCUGGAGCUCAAACCGGGCUCUGUCGUCUGUGAGUCAGGUACCGGUAGCGGCUCUCUGUCUCAUGCUAUUCUGCGGACCAUUGCUCCCACCGGCCACCUGCACACGGUGGAGUUUCAUGCUCAACGGGCCGAGAAGGCCGUCGAGGAGUUCAAGGAGCACAAAGUGUCUCACCUUGUUACCGUUAGAAACCAGGACGUGUGCAAGGAGGGCUUCGGUGUCACAGGUGUAGCUGAUGCAGUCUUUUUAGACAUCCCAUCUCCAUGGGAGGCAGUCAUACAUGCCAAGAGGGCCAUGAAACGCAAGGGAGGACGUCUGUGUUCCUUCUCACCGUGUAUAGAGCAGGUCCAGAGGACUUGUGAGGCAUUGCUGGACCAUGGUUUUGAGGAGAUCUGCACGUUAGAAGUUCUGCUGCGGGUUCAUGAUGUUCGUACCGUCACUUUGCCUCUUCCAGACUUUGGCCCUGAAGAUAACUCGACUGACAGUACCCAGAUGAUGUCAAAUGUCGGUCAAGAGGAGGUCCCAAACACUGGAAACACCUCUGUGGUCUGUCGGACUGCCACAGCCCCAAGAGAAAUGGCAGGGCACACGGGAUACCUCACGUUUGCUACCAAACCCCGGGACUAAGGGUAACUUAAAAAUAAAGGAUGAGUUGCCAGAUCUUUGUAAGAGCGCGAGAUAUUUCAAAACUUUCUGAUGCAAGUUAUUUUUCAUCAUUAAUGUUUUUAUUUUCUGAAAAACAGGGAACUGUAGAUUAUUUGUUUUAGUACAAUAAAUGAAAAGCCAGUGGAAAACAA